AUGCAGAAUCAAGCAAUUCAGACUGCAAGAGCUGCUAGGGAAUUAACUGUGAGAGAAGCAACUCCGCUGCAACAAGAACUGGAAAUGCUAAAGAAAAGGAACCAAAAAAUCAGCUCCAGCAGCUGGAUUCUUGUUAAAACUGGCGAUAAUUACUGGAAUCAUUGGGAUACUGCUUGUCUCAAAUCAACCACUUGGAAAGCACUAAAGAUGUGCAUCCUCAGUUCAGUCCUUGAUAAGUGCCUAAGGCUGCUUGGUUUUGAGUCAGCAGCACCUUGCGAAACCUCUUGCAAACUCAGGUAUGUAGCUUUAUACCCUGCUCUUGGAAAGGAAAGCAUUCAGAACAUUCUGGAGACUUUAAAAGAAGAGGGAUAUGGGUACACAGAAGAUUUCGGAAGUUUUAGUCAUGUUUCUUGUAGACGACUUGGUCGUUUACUUCCAGAUGCUCGUUGGGCAUGGUUGCCAUUCAUGGAUUUCAGACAAAGACCAGGGCACAGAACACAAGUUUUGAAGAGAAGUUGCAUGAGAGUUAAAUGCUUUAUUGAGACGGAUGCUGGCUUCAAUCCAACACCUUCUAAGACGGAUUUCGCACAUCAGAACCCUUUUGCCAAUGCCUUGAAAACCUUGGGCACUAAGCAACCUCCAGAGAAAGAGAUGGGUGUCCACAUUGAUAUAAGAAGAGAUGGCAAGCCGUUGACCCUUUUGCAGUUAGAUAAGCAGUACCAACAGUGGCUUGUCCAAAUGCAUGAAAAAUAUGAUGAGGAAGUCGACUGUGGAAUUGAUGAGCCUGUCUUCAUAGUAAAUUUUACAAACAAGGAGCUUCACAUAGCUAACAAUGGAUUUCAAGGGGAUGCAGGUGAAGCAUGGAUAAUUUGCAGGCAGAUUGAGGUGUCAGAAGAAGAUGGCUGUCUCCUUGAAUCUGCUAAUGGAAAUCCCAUUUUUGAUUUGAGGAAAUCUGAAUUAGUACCUAUAAAUGUCAUUGAUUCUGGAAAGAUUAAAAUUACUCCUAAACAAACUCAAACUGAACAAAUAGAUGAUGGAAUAGCAGAAGAUGUAGAGGAGGUGGAGAAUGAUAAUUUAAUUACUAAAUCUUUUGCUAGUGUUGAAGAUUUGGAGCAUGGAAAAUUACCCCCUAAAGAAAUUUUAUCACUUCCAAUGUUUAAGAUGCACCAGUUCAAGGGGGCAGUCAACUACAAUUAUAAACAUCUGCAGUUGGCAACGAAUAACUUCAGUGAAGAGAAUAGUAUUGGGCUCUGCAAUGGCAGAUGUUGUCAUUGA